AUGCAGAUUCCCCCCGUUGCGGCAAAUCGAACGGCUGGACACGGACGCGACUCCAGAGUAGUGGUUCCGGUCUCCUGGCGUGAUGGUGGUGUAGCCACGGAUGGCGGCGCACAGAUCGACGUCGAGCAGCGCCCAGCGACAUGCUUUGCGUUUCAGUCGGUGGCAGUCCAUGGUGUGUCAUACCGCCGAGGACCCCGCGAUCAAAGCCAAACGUCGUCUCCGUCAAGAGGUACGAGCCAGGAUUCCAUCGCCUCGCGAGUGGAAGAGGCUCGCAUGGAGGCUGCGGCCGCGGAAAGGGGUUCGUCGCGAGUUGCACAAGAUGGCGGCUCAAUGAUCAGACGAUUUCUGACGUCUGUGUUUUCGUCGUCAUCAGGCCAGCAAAAGAGCUCGAGGAUCUCCUCACUGCGCUCGCCGGGUGUAUAUCACGGUCGAGACGGUACCCUGCGCGGCCGGCGCUUAACAAGAUCGCGAGAGGCUGGCACCAAACGGGAGCGACGGAGAAAGACGUCUGAAUAUGUGCGCGGCAACGGCGAAGUUGAGGCCCCGCCGGGGAUGUCAGUCAGCGCGGGGUCAGGGGAUCGAACCGCUGGUAGUGAAUCCCUGGUUUCGUCGUCGAAUUCUGUGUCCGCUGUGUGUUCGCCACACAAUGCUCCAGGUGACAGUUCUCGCUUGAUGGCGGCGUCUUCGGCCAUUCCUCGUCUAAAUUUGUUUUGGCUGCAGAGAAGGUCAGGCAGCAGCCCUUCUGACGCAUGCAACUCGAUGAAUCCAGAAGAGAAGAAGGCUGACGUCUACCGAGCGCUGUUUUCCAAUGAUGAAGAGGAGAGUAUGCGAUUAGACACUUCGCGUCUGACGGCGCAGCAGACAGGGGCUGCACGGUCAGCUUCAGAACCACUUGUCAACCGGGAAGAUCUGCAAAUUGCGCCCGAGACGCAGCUGCGCAAGCGCAUAACCGGAGUGUCUUCUGGCCGUUUUGUGCCAAAGUCGGUGACGACGGGUCGAAGGCAGCUGGCGGUGACUGCCGGGGCGGAAGAAACGGAAGGCUCCAAGCCGACGUCUCUUGCGCCUGGCCAGGAGCCAGCACUGCUGCUGGAACGAGAGUCUCCGGGAAAUGACAACAGGACCGAACGCGAACUACCGAGAGCGAAAGACGUGCCAGUGUGUCCCCACAUGCCGUGGAGUGCUCUAUCGGAAGAUCGCUUUGGCAGAGAAGUGUCGUCACCUCACGCAGUCAGCGGCUACAUUCGGGAGACGUCGCCACCAGCAGCCGCCCGGUGUGCGGAGCUGCGUGGAUCCCGGUUCCAUACUCCGUCGGCACAACAGCAGAGACCCGAAGCGCUUCCUGAUAUGCACUGGCAGACGAGUUCCGUCUCUCCUUGUACCAGACCGGCUGUCCGCAGUCGAUCUGCCGAAGCCACGGGCAUGUCGGUGUCUUCUGGGCCUUACAGCGACAUGCGUACGGUUGGCGCCGGUGCCGACACUCCAAUUAGACGCCGAGCAGCACUCGCAACCUCCAUAGGGAAAGAGCGCAGACGUCUGUUUACUUGGAACGCCGGAGGGAAACACGAAAGCAACAUCACCAAUCUAGACCCGUCCUCAACAGUGGAGGGACGUGGGAAAGGCUUGCCGAGCGAACCAUCCCCACGCACCAAGGCGGGAUCGCCCUCAUUCGAAGCCUAUCUUACAGACACGGUUUCGAAGUCUAGCGCAGGAGAUGAAGCCGCCAAGGUCGGGCAAAAACAAGCGGAACCACCACGAAGGACGGAGGCUUCUUUCAGUCGUGUGGAAAGCCACGACUCGCUCGAGGAUGGAGCGCGUUUUUGCGUGCGUGGGCAAAGGACAGAAUCUGAGACCCAGACAGCUUCUGCGGUCCCAGCAACCGAGCCCGAGACGCUGACGACCGAGGAUCUGCUGGUGACGCAGAGGCGUCGGUCUGACGGCUCGGCGUCCAGAGAAAGGAUAGAAGAAGAUGGGCAGCAUGAGACGGGGGCUCUCGGUGGAGGCAUGACUAUCCAGGUACGAAGUCCGGCCCCUUGCAAGUCCGACCUUCUGCUUGAGACAGGAACAGGACGGAGAAGUGCAGAUGGUCCACCCCCGCCUCCACUUGAGUCGAUGGACGAAUCCAUGGACAACCCUACCGACGAAGGUGGUAGACAAUCUGACCCUCCCACGCCCCCAGAGCCCCAUCCACAGUCUGUCAAACCCGCUUCCUUACAGCCCAAGCAGCCACAUGUGCUGUCCAACACCCCUGCAGCCGUGCCACGCUCUCGGCACCGCCUCCUCAAAAACGUGCAUCAAAGUGACAAACGCGUCCGGAAUGCCGGUACCCACGACGCGCUGCCGGUAGCGAACACCGAGCCACCUGAGAUGGUGCGAAACCGAGAGGGAGAUAAAGGGGCGAAGGUACGCGAGGCAGGGGACGAGCGUUUGGUAACUCGGAGGAACGGAAAGGAUGCGGCAACCGAUCACAGUGAGAAGGUAGAGAGUGACGAAGGUGAUAAGGUAGAGAAGGCAGCGGAGGAAGGUGCCGAGAAGCUGGUGGUGUUUGGGCCGAUGACGGAGGCAGAGGCGGAGGCACGCGAGGCAGGGGACGAGCGUUUCGUAACCGCGAGGGACGGAACAGACGCGGCAACCGAUCACAGUGCGAAGGUAGAGAGUGACGACGGUGAUAAGGUAGAGAAGGCAGCGGAAGAAGGUGCCGAGAAGCUGGUGGUGUUUGGGCCGAUGACGGAAGCAGAGGUGAAGGCACGCGAUGCGGGGGAUGAGCGUUUGGUAACCGCGCGGGACGGAACGCGUGCGUCACCAGAUCACAGUGCGAAGGUAGAGAGUGACGACGGUGAUAAGGUAGAGAAGGCAGCGGAGGAAGGUGCCGAGAAGCUGGUUGUGUUUGGCCCGAUGACGGAAGCAGAGGUGAAGGCACGCGAUGCGGGGGAUGAGCGUUUGGUAACUCGGAGGAACGGAAAGGAUGCGGCGACCGAUCACAGUGAGAAGGUAGAGAGUGACGAAGGUGAAAAGGUAGAGAAUGCAGCGGAGGAAGGUGCCGAGGAGAUGGUGAUGUUUGGCCCGAUGACGGAAGCAGAGGUGAAGGCACGCGAUGCGGGGGAUGAGCGUUUGGUAACCGCCAGGGACGGAACGCAUGCGUCAGCAGAUCACAGUGAGAAGGUAGAGAGUGACGACGGUGAUAAGGUCGAGAAGGCAGCGGAGGAAGGUGCCGAGGAGAUGGUGAUGUUUGGCCCGAUGACGGAAGCAGAGGUGAAGGCACGCGAUGCGGGGGAUGAGCGGUUGGUAACCGCGAGGGACGGAACGGAAGCGGCAACCGAUCACAGUGAGAAGGUAGAGAGUGACGAAGGUGAUAAGGUAGACAAGGCAGUGGAGGAAGGUGCCGAGAAGCUGGUUGUGUUUGGCCCGAUGACGGCGGGAGAGGCGAAGGAACGCGAGGCAGGGGACGAGCGUUUGGUAACCGCGAGGGACGGAACGGACGCGGCAACCGAUCACAGUGAGAAGGUAGAGAGUGACGACGGUGAUAAGGUAGUGAAGGCAGCGGAAGAAGGUGCCGAGAAGCUGGUGGUGUUUGGCCCGAUGACGGAAGCAGAGGUGAAGGCACGCGUUGCGGGGGAUGAGCGUUUGGUAACCGCCAGGGACGGAACGCGUGCGUCACCAGAUCACAGUGAGAAGGUAGAGAGUGACGACGGUGAUAAGGUAGAGAAUGGGUCGGAGGAAGGUGCCGAGAAGCUGGUUGUGUUUGGCCCGAUGACGGAAGCAGAGGUGAAGGCACGCGAUGCGGGGGAUGAGCGUUUGGUAACUCGGAGGAACGGAAAGGAUGCGGCGACCGAUCACAGUGAGAAGGUAGAGAGUGACGAAGGUGAAAAGGUAGAGAAUGCAGCGGAGGAAGGUGCCGAGGAGAUGGUGAUGUUUGGCCCGAUGACGGAAGCAGAGGUGAAGGCACGCGAUGCGGGGGAUGAGCGUUUGGUAACUCGGAGGAGCGGAACGCAUGCGUCAGCAGAUCACAGUGAGAAGGUAGAGAGUGACGACGGUGAUAAGGUCGAGAAGGCAGCGGAGGAAGGUGCCGAGGAGAUGGUGAUGUUUGGCCCGAUGACGGAAGCAGAGGCGAAGGCACGCGAUGCAGGGGAUGAGCGGUUGGUAACCGCGAGGGACGGAACGGACGCGGCAACCGAUCACAGUGAGAAGGUAGAGAGUGACGACGGUGAUAAGGUAGUGAAGGCAGCGGAAGAAGGUGCCGAGAAGCUGGUUGUGUUUGGCCCGAUGACGGAAGCAGAGGUGAAGGCACGCGAUGCGGGGGAUGAGCGUUUGGUAACUCGGAGGAACGGAAAGGAUGCGGCGACGGAUCAUAGUGAGAAGGUAGAGAGUGUCGAACGUGAAAAGGUAGAGAAUGCAGCGGAGGAAGGUGCCGAGGAGAUGGUGAUGUUUGGCCCGAUGACGGAAGCAGAGGUGAAGGCACGCGAUGCGGGGGAUGAGCGUUUGGUAACCGCCAGGGACGGAACGCAUGCGUCAGCAGAUCACAGUGAGAAGGUAGAGAGUGACGACGGUGAUAAGGUCGAGAAGGCAGCCGAGAAAGGUGCCGAGGAGAUGGUGAUGUUUGGCCCGAUGACGGAAGCAGAGGUGAAGGCACGCGAUGCGGGGGAUGAGCGGUUGGUAACCGCGAGGGACGGAACGGAAGCGGCAACCGAUAACAGUGAGAAGGUAGAGAGUGACGAAGGUGAUAAGGUAGACAAGGCAGUGGAGGAAGGUGCCGAGAAGCUGGUUGUGUUUGGCCCGAUGACGGCGGGAGAGGCGAAGGAACGCGAGGCAGGGGACGAGCGUUUGGUAACCGCGAGGGACGGAACGGACGCGGCAACCGAUCACAGUGAGAAGGUAGAGAGUGACGACGGUGAUAAGGUAGUGAAGGCAGCGGAAGAAGGUGCCGAGAAGCUGGUGGUGUUUGGCCCGAUGACGGAAGCAGAGGUGAAGGCACGCGUUGCGGGGGAUGAGCGUUUGGUAACCGCCAGGGACGGAACGCGUGCGUCACCAGAUCACAGUGAGAAGGUAGAGAGUGACGACGGUGAUAAGGUAGAGAAGGCAGCGGAGGAAGGUGCCGAGAAGCUGGUGGUGUUUGGCCCGAUGACGGAAGCAGAGGCGAAGGCACGCGUUGCGAGGGAUGAGCGUUUGGUAACCGCCAGGGACGGAACGCGUGCGUCAUCAGAUCACAGUGCGAAGGUAGAGAGUGACGACGGUGAUAAGGUAGAGAAGGCAGCGGAGGAAGGUGCCGAGAAGCUGGUGGUGUUUGGCCCGAUGACGGCGGGGGAGGCGAAGGAACGCGAGGCAGGGGAUGAGCGUUUGGUAACCGCCAGGGACGGAACGCGUGCGUCAUCAGAUCACAGUGCGAAGGUAGAGAGUGACGACGGUGAUAAGGUAGAGAAGGCAGCGGAGGAAGGUGCCGAGAAGCUGGUGGUGUUUGGCCCGAUGACGAAAGCAGAGGUGAAGGCACGCGAUGCGGGGGAUGAGUGUUUGGUAACCGCGAGGGACGGAACGGACGCGGCAACCGAUCACAGGGAGAAGGUAGAGAGUGACGACGGUGAUAAGGUAGAGAAGGCAGCGGAGGAAGGUGCCGAGGAGAUGGUGAUGUUUGGCCCGAUGACGAAAGCAGAGGUGAAGGCACGCGAGGCAGGGGAUGAGCGUUUGGUAACCGCCAGGGACGGAACGGACGCGGCAACCGAUCACAGUGAGAAGGUAGAGAGUGACGACGGUGAUAAGGUAGUGAAGGCAGCGGAGGAAGGUGCCGAGAAGCUGGUUGUGUUUGGCCCGAUGACGGCGGGAGAGGCGAAGGAACGCGAGGCAGGGGAUGAGCGUUUGGUAACCGCGAGGGACGGAACGGACGCGGCAACCGAUCACAGUGAGAAGGUAGAGAGUGACGACGGUGAUAAGGUAGAGAAGGCAGCGGAGGAAGGUGCCGAGGAGAUGGUGAUGUUUGGCCCGAUGACGGAGGCAGAGGUGAAGGCACGCGAUGCGGGGGAUGAGCGUUUGGUAUCCGCGAGGGACGGAACGGACGCGGCAACCGAUCACAGGGAGAAGGUAGAGAGUGACGACGGUGAUAAGGUAGAGAAGGCAGCGGAAGAAGGUGCCGAGAAGCUGGUGGUGUUUGGCCCGAUGACGGAAGCAGAGGUGAAGGCACGCGUUGCGGGGGAUGAGCGUUUGGUAACCGCCAGGGACGGAACGCGUGCGUCACCAGAUCACAGUGAGAAGGUAGAGAGUGACGACGGUGAUAAGGUAGAGAAGGCAGCGGAGGAAGGUGCCGAGAAGCUGGUGGUGUUUGGCCCGAUGACGGAAGCAGAGGCGAAGGCACGCGUUGCGAGGGAUGAGCGUUUGGUAACCGCCAGGGACGGAACGCGUGCGUCAUCAGAUCACAGUGCGAAGGUAGAGAGUGACGACGGUGAUAAGGUAGAGAAGGCAGCGGAGGAAGGUGCCGAGAAGCUGGUGGUGUUUGGCCCGAUGACGGCGGGGGAGGCGAAGGAACGCGAGGCAGGGGAUGAGAGUUUGGUAUCCGCGAGGGACGGAACGGACGCGGCAACCGAUCACAGGGAGAAGGUAGAGAGUGACGACGGUGAUAAGGUAGACGAGGCAGCGGAGCAAGGUGCCGAGAAGCUGGUGGUGUUUGGGCCGAUGACGGCGGGAGAGGCGACGGAACGCGAUGCAGGGGACGAGCGUUUGGUAACCGCGCGGGACAGAACGGACGCGACAACCGAUCACAGUGAGAAGGUAGAGAGUGACGACGGUGAUAAGGUAGAGAGUGGGUCGGAGGAAGGUGCCGAGGAGAUGGUGAUGUUUGGCCCGAUGACGGAAGCAGAGGUGAAGGCACGCGAUGCGGGGGAUGAGCGGUUGGUAACCGCGAGGGACGGAACGGAAGCGGCAACCGAUCACUGUGAGAAGGUAGAGAGUGACGACGGUGAUAAGGUAGAGAAGGCAGCGGAGGAAGGUGCCGAGAAGCUGGUAGUGUUUGGGCCUAUGACGGGGGGAGAGGCGAGGUCGCGCGAUGCAGGGGAUGAGAGUUUGGUAACGGCGAGGGACGGAAAGCGUGCGUCACCAGAUCACAGUGAGAAGGUGGAGAGUGACGACGGUGAUAAGGUAGAGAAGGCAGUGGAGGAAGGUGCCGAGAAGCUGGUGGUGUUUGGCCCGAUGACGGAAGCAGAGGUGAAGGCACGCGAUGCGGGGGAUGAGCGUUUGGCAACCGCCAGGGACGGAACGCAUGCGUCAGCAGAUCACAGUGCCAAGGUAGAGAGUGACGAAGGUGAUAAGGUAGAGAAGGCAGCGGAGGAAGGUGCCGAGAAGCUGGUGGUGUUUGGGCCGAUGACGAAAGCAGAGGUGAAGGCACGCGAUGCGGGGGAUGAGUGUUUGGUAACCGCGAGGGACGGAACGGACGCGGCAACCGAUCACAGGGAGAAGGUAGAGAGUGACGACGGUGAUAAGGUAGAGAAGGCAGCGGAGGAAGGUGCCGAGAAGCUGGUGGUGUUUGGGCCGAUGACGAAAGCAGAGGUGAAGGCACGCGAGGCAGGGGAUGAGCGUUUGGUAACCGCCAGGGACGGAACGGACGCGGCAACCGAUCACAGUGAGAAGGUAGAGAGUGACGACGGUGAUAAGGUAGUGAAGGCAGCGGAGGAAGGUGCCGAGAAGCUGGUUGUGUUUGGCCCGAUGACGGCGGGAGAGGCGAAGGAACGCGAGGCAGGGGAUGAGCGUUUGGUAACCGCGAGGGACGGAACGGACGCGGCAACCGAUCACAGUGAGAAGGUAGAGAGUGACGACGGUGAUAAGGUAGAGAAGGCAGCGGAGGAAGGUGCCGAGGAGAUGGUGAUGUUUGGCCCGAUGACGGAGGCAGAGGUGAAGGCACGCGAUGCGGGGGAUGAGCGUUUGGUAUCCGCGAGGGACGGAACGGACGCGGCAACCGAUCACAGGGAGAAGGUAGAGAGUGACGACGGUGAUAAGGUAGACGAGGCAGCGGAGGGAGGUGCCGAGAAGCUGGUGGUGUUUGGCCCGAUGACGGAAGCAGAGGUGAAGGCACGCGAUGCGGGGGAUGAGCGUUUGGUAACUCGGAGGAACGGAAAGGAUGCGGCGACCGAUCACAGUGCGAAGGUAGAGAGUGACGAAGGUGAAAAGGUAGAGAAGGCAGCGGAGGAAGGUGCCGAGAAGCUGGUGAUGUUUGGCCCGAUGACGGAAGCAGAGGUGAAGGCACGCCAGGCAGGGGACGAGCGUUUGGUAUCCGCGAGGGACGGAACGCAUGCGUCAGCAGAUCACAGUGAGAAGGUAGAGAGUGACGACGGUGAUAAGGUAGAGAAGGCAGCGGAGGAAGGUGCCGAGAAGCUGGUGGUGUUUGGCCCGAUGACGGCGGGGGAGGCGAAGGCACGCGAGGCAGGGGAUGAGCGUUUGGUAACCGCGCGGGACGGAAAGCGUGCGUCACCAGAUCACAGUGCAAAGGUAGAGAGUGACGACGGUGAUAAGGUAGAGAAGGCAGCCGAGAAAGGUGCCGAGGAGAUGGUGAUGUUUCGCCCGAUGACGGAAGCAGAGGUGAAGGCACGCGAUGCGGGGGAUGAGCGGUUGGUAACCGCCAGGGACGGAACGCAUGCGUCAGCAGAUCACAGUGAGAAGGUAGAGAGUGACGAAGGUGAUAAGGUAGAGAAUGGGUCGGAGGAAGGUGCCGAGGAGAUGGUGAUGUUUGGCCCGAUGACGAAGGCAGAGGCGAGGUCGCGCGAUUCAGCCGAUGAUCCUUUGGUAACUGCGAGGGACGGAAAGCGUGCGUCACCAGAUCACAGUGAGAAGGUAGAGAGUGACGACGGUGAUAAGGUAGACGAGGCAGCUGAGGGAGGUGCCGAGAAGCUGGUGGUGUUUGGCCCGAUGACGGAAGCAGAGGUGAAGGCACGCGAUGCGGGGGAUGAGCGUUUGGUAACUCGGAGGAACGGAAAGGAUGCGGCGACCGAUCACAGUGCGAAGGUAGAGAGUGACGAAGGUGAAAAGGUAGAGAAGGCAGCGGAGGAAGGUGCCGAGAAGCUGGUGAUGUUUGGCCCGAUGACGGAAGCAGAGGUGAAGGCACGCGAUGCGGGGGAUGAGCGUUUGGUAACCGCCAGGGACGGAACGCAUGCGUCACCAGAUCACAGUGAGAAGGUAGAGAGUGACGAAGGUGAAAAGGUAGAGAAGGCAGCGGAGGAAGGUGCCGAGGAGAUGGUGAUGUUUGGCCCGAUGACGGAGGCAGAGGUGAAGGCACGCGAGGCAGGGGAUGAGCGUUUGGUAUCCGCGAGGGACGGAACGGACGCGGCAACCGAUCACAGGGAGAAGGUAGAGAGUGACGACGGUGAUAAGGUAGACGAGGCAGCGGAGGGAGGUGCCGAGAAGCUGGUUGUGUUUGGCCCGAUGACGGCGGGAGAGGCGAAGGCACGCCAGGCAGGGGACGAGCGUUUGGUAACCGCGAGGGACGGAACGCAUGCGUCAGCAGAUCACAGUGAGAAGGUAGAGAGUGACGACGGUGAUAAGGUAGACAAGGCAGCGGAGGAAGGUGCCGAGAAGCUGGUGGUGUUUGGCCCGAUGACGGAAGCAGAGGCGAAGGCACGCGAGGCAGGGGAUGAGCGUUUGGUAACCGCGCGGGACGGAAAGCGUGCGUCACCAGAUCACAGUGCAAAGGUAGAGAGUGACGACGGUGAUAAGGUAGAGAAGGCAGCCGAGAAAGGUGCCGAGGAGAUGGUGAUGUUUCGCCCGAUGACGGAAGCAGAGGUGAAGGCACGCGAUGCGGGGGAUGAGCGGUUGGUAACCGCCAGGGACGGAACGCAUGCGUCAGCAGAUCACAGUGAGAAGGUAGAGAGUGACGACGGUGAUAAGGUAGAGAAUGGGUCGGAGGAAGGUGCCGAGGAGAUGGUGAUGUUUGGCCCGAUGACGAAGGCAGAGGCGAGGUCGCGCGAUUCAGCCGAUGAUCCUUUGGUAACUGCGAGGGACGGAAAGCGUGCGUCACCAGAUCACAGUGAGAAGGUAGAGAGUGACGACGGUGAUAAGGUAGAGAAGGCAGCGGAGGAAGGUGCCGAGAAGCUGGUGGUGUUUGGGCCGAUGACGGAGGCAGAGGUGAAGGCACGCGAGGCAGGGGAUGAGCGUUUGGUAUCCGCGAGGGACGGAACGGACGCGGCAACCGAUCACAGUGCGAAGGUAGAGAGUGACGACGGUGAUAAGGUAGACGAGGCAGCGGAGGGAGGUGCCGAGAAGCUGGUGGUGUUUGGGCCGAUGACGAAAGCAGAGGUGAAGGCACGCGAUGCGGGGGAUGAGCGUUUGGUAACCGCGCGGGACGGAACGCGUGCGUCACCAGAUCACAGUGCGAAGGUAGAGAGUGACGACGGUGAUAAGGUAGAGAAGGCAGCGGAGGAAGGUGCCGAGAAGCUGGUGGUGUUUGGCCCGAUGACGGCGGGGGAGGCGAAGGAACGCGAGGCAGGGGAUGAGAGUUUGGUAACGGCGAGGGACGGAAAGCGUGCGUCAUCAGAUCACAGUGAGAAGGUAGAGAGUGACGACGGUGAUAAGGUAGACGAGGCAGCGGAGGAAGGUGCCGAGAAGCUGGUUGUGUUUGGCCCGAUGACGGAGGCAGAGGUGAAGGCACGCGUUGCGAGGGAUGAGCGUUUGGUAUCCGCGAGGGACGGAACGGACGCGGCAACCGAUCACAGUGAGAAGGUAGAGAGUGACGAAGGUGAAAAGGUAGAGAAGGCAGCGGAGCGAGGUGCCGAGAAGCUGAUUGUGUUUGGCCCGAUGACGGCGGGAGAGGCGAAGGCACGCCAGGGAGGGGACGAGCGUUUGGUAACCGCGAGGGACGGAACGCGUGCGUCAGCAGAUCACAGUGAGAAGGUAGAGAGUGACGACGGUGAUAAGGUAGACAAGGCAGCGGAGGAAGGUGCCGAGAAGCUGGUGGUGUUUGGCCCGAUGACGGCGGGGGAGGCGAAGGAACGCGAGGCAGGGGAUGAGAGUUUGGUAACGGCGAGGGACGGAACGCGUGCGUCACCAGAUCACAGUGCGAAGGUAGAGAGUGACGACGGUGAUAAGGUAGACAAGGCAGCGGAGGAAGGUGCCGAGAAGCUGGUGGUGUUUGGCCCGAUGACGGCGGGGGAGGCGAAGGAACGCGAGGCAGGGGAUGAGAGUUUGGUAACGGCGAGGGACGGAACGCGUGCGUCACCAGAUCACAGUGCGAAGGUAGAGAGUGACGACGGUGAUAAGGUAGAGAAGGCAGCGGAGGAAGGUGCCGAGAAGCUGGUGGUGUUUGGCCCGAUGACGGCGGGGGAGGCGAAGGAACGCGAGGCAGGGGAUGAGAGUUUCGUAACGGCGAGGGACGGAAAGCGUCCGUCACCAGAUCACAGUGAGAAGGUAGAGAGUGACGACGGUGAUAAGGUAGAGAUGGCAGCGGAGGAAGGUGCCGAGAAGCUGGUGGUGUUUGGCCCGAUGACGGAAGCAGAGGCGAGGUCGCGCGAUGCAGGGGAUGAGCGUUUGGUAACCGCCAGGGACGGAACGCGUGCGUCACCAGAUCACAGUGCGAAGGUAGAGAGUGACGACGGUGAUAAGGUAGAGAAGGCAGCGGAGGAAGGUGCCGAGAAGCUGGUGGUGUUUGGCCCGAUGACGGCGGGGGAGGCGAAGGAACGCGAGGCAGGGGAUGAGAGUUUGGUAACGGCGAGGGACGGAAAGCGUGCGUCACCAGAUCACAGUGAGAAGGUAGAGAGUGACGACGGUGAUAAGGUAGAGAAGGCAGCGGAGGAAGGUGCCGAGAAGCUGGUGGUGUUUGGCCCGAUGACGGAAGCAGAGGCGAGGUCGCGCGAUGCAGGGGAUGAGCGUUUGGUAACCGCCAGGGACGGAACGCGUGCGUCACCAGAUCACAGUGAGAAGGUAGAGAGUGACGACGGUGAUAAGGUAGAGAAGGCAGCGGAGGAAGGUGCCGAGAAGCUGGUGGUGUUUGGCCCGAUGACGGAAGCAGAGGCGAGGUCGCGCGAUGCAGGGGAUGAGAGUUUGGUAACCGCCAGGGACGGAACGCGUGCGUCACCAGAUCACAGUGAGAAGGUAGAGAGUGACGACGGUGAUAAGGUAGAGAAGGCAGCGGAGGAAGGUGCCGAGAAGCUGGUGGUGUUUGGCCCGAUGACGGCGGGGGAGGCGAAGGAACGCGAGGCAGGUGAUGAGAGUUUGGUAACGGCGAGGGACGGAACGCGUGCGUCACCAGAUCACAGUGCGAAGGUAGAGAGUGACGACGGUGAUAAGGUAGAGAAGGCAGCGGAGGAAGGUGCCGAGAAGCUGGUGGUGUUUGGCCCGAUGACGGCGGGGGAGGCGAAGGAACGCGAGGCAGGGGAUGAGAGUUUGGUAACGGCGAGGGACGGAAAGCGUGCGUCACCAGAUCACAGUGAGAAGGUAGAGAGUGACGACGGUGAUAAGGUAGAGAAGGCAGCGGAGGAAGGUGCCGAGAAGCUGGUGGUGUUUGGCCCGAUGACGGAAGCAGAGGCGAGGUCGCGCGAUGCAGGGGAUGAGCGUUUGGUAACCGCCAGGGACGGAACGCGUGCGUCACCAGAUCACAGUGAGAAGGUAGAGAGUGACGACGGUGAUAAGGUAGAGAAGGCAGCGGAGGAAGGUGCCGAGAAGCUGGUGGUGUUUGGCCCGGUGACGGAAGCAGAGGCGAGGUCGCGCGAUGCAGGGGAUGAGCGUUUGGUAACCGCCAGGGACGGAACGCGUGCGUCACCAGAUCACAGUGAGAAGGUAGAGAGUGACGACGGUGAUAAGGUAGAGAAGGCAGCGGAGGAAGGUGCCGAGAAGCUGGUUGUGUUUGGCCCGAUGACGGAAGCAGAGGUGAAGGCACGCGAUGCGGGGGAUGAGCGUUUGGUAUCCGCGCGGGACGGAACGCGUGCGUCACCAGAUCACAGGGAGAAGGUAGAGAGUGACGACGGUGAUAAGGUAGAGAAGGCAGCGGAGGAAGGUGCCGAGAAGCUGGUGGUGUUUGGCCCGAUGACGGCGGGGGAGGCGAAGGAACGCGAGGCAGGGGAUGAGAGUUUGGUAACGGCGAGGGACGGAAAGCGUGCGUCACCAGAUCACAGUGAGAAGGUAGAGAGUGACGACGGUGAUAAGGUAGAGAAGGCAGCGACGGAAGGUGCCGAGAAGCUGGUGGUGUUUGGCCCGAUGACGGCGGGGGAGGCGAAGGAACGCGAGGCAGGGGAUGAGAGUUUGGUAACGGCGAGGGACGGAACGGACGCGGCAACCGAUCACAGUGCGAAGGUAGAGAGUGACGACGGUGAUAAGGUAGAGAAGGCAGCGGAGGAAGGUGCCGAGAAGCUGGUGGCGUUUGGCCCGAUGACGGAAGCAGAGGUGAAGGUACGCGAGGCAGGGGACGAGCGUUUGGUAACCGCGAGGGACGGAAAGGACGCGGCAACCGAUCACAGUGAGAAGGUAGAGAGUGACGAAGGUGAAAAGGUAGAGAAGGCAGCGGAGGAGGGUGCCGAGAAGCUGGUGGUGUUUGGCCCGAUGACGGAAGCAGAGGUGAAGGCACGCGAUGCGGGUGCGAAGGUAGAGAGUGACGAAGGUGAUAAGGUAGACAAGGCAGCGGAGGAAGGUGCCGAGAAGCUGGUGGUGUUUGGGCCGAUGACGAAAGCAGAGGUGAAGGCACGCGAUGCGGGGGAUGAGCGUUUGGUAACCGCGCGGGACGGAACGCGUGCGUCACCAGAUCACAGUGCGAAGGUAGAGAUUGACGACGGUGAUAAGGUAGACAAGGCAGCGGAGGAAGGUGCCGAGAAGCUGGUGGUGUUUGGCCCGAUGACGGAGGCAGAGGCGAGGUCGCGCGAUGCAGGGGAUGAGCGUUUGGUAACCGCGAGGGACGGAAAGCGUGCGUCACCAGAUCACAGUGCGAUGGUACAGAGUGACGACGGUGAUAAGGUAGAGAAGGCAGCGGAGGAAGGUGCCGAGAAGCUGGUGGUGUUAGGCCCGAUGACGGCGGGGGAGGCGAAGGAACGCGAGGCAGGGGACGAGCGUUUGGUAACGGCGAGGGACGGAACGCGUGCGUCACCAGAUCACAGUGAGAAGGUAGAGAGUGACGACGGUGAUAAGGUAGAGAAGGCAGCGGAGGAAGGUGCCGAGAAGCUGGUGGUGUUUGGGCCGAUGACGGAAGCAGAGGCGAAGGCACGCGAGGCAGGGGAUGAGCGGUUGGUAACUCGGAGGAACGGAAAGGAUGCGGCGACCGAUCACAGUGCGAAGGUAGAGAGUGACGAAGGUGAAAAGGUAGAGAAUGCAGCGGAGCAAGGUGCCGAGAAGCUGGUUGUGUUUAGCCCGAUGACGGCGGGAGAGGCGAAGGCACGCGAUUCAGCCGAUGAUCCUUUGGUAACCGCGAGGGACGGAAAGCGUGCGUCACCAGAUCACAGUGAGAAGAUAGAGAGUGACGACGGUGAUAAGGUAGAGAAGGCAGUGGAGGAAGGUGCCGAGAAGCUGGUGGUGUUUGGCCCGAUGACGGAAGCAGAGGUGAAGGCACGCGAUGCGGGGGAUGAGCGUUUGGUAACCGCGAGCGACGGAACGCAUGCGUUACCAGAUCACAGUGCGAAGGUGGAGAGUGACGACGGUGAUAUGGUAGAGAAGGCAGCGAAGGAAGGUGCCGAGAAGCUGGUGGUGUUUGGCCCGAUGACGGCGGGAGAGGCGAGGUCGCGCGAUGCAGGGGAUGAGCGUUUGGUAACCGCGAGGGACGGAACGCGUGCGUCACCAGAUCACAGUGAGAAGGUAGAGAGUGACGACGGUGAUAAGGUAGACAAGGCAGCGGAGGAAGGUGCCGAGAAGCUGGUGAUGUUUGGGCCGUUGAUGGAAGCAGAGGCGAGGUCGCGCGAUGCGGCGGAUGAGCGUUUGGUAACGGUGAGGGACGGACUGUCGGCGGGGAACGAUCAGUCUGAGGGGGUGGCGAGCAGAACAGGAGGUGGGAGGGUCGUGGACGGAGAAGUGGGUCGGACGGAGGCUAGGGAGGUGGGGAACGAGGCGCAGGCCAAAGGCAGGAAAGCCGCUGGCGGGAAGAUGGCAGCUGCGAGGUGUGCGGAAGUGGAUGGGCGGCUACGCUCUGCAGGGGCGGCGGGUUUGGGGCGGACUGAGGGCUCUGGGCGGGGUGCGGGAGCCGCCGCGUCCGAGGCUCCUCGCGGGUCAUCGUUGGGGUGGACUAGGAGCGGUCGCUUGGCGCAGUCGUCCGUGAGGGCUGAGCCAUGUGCUGUCCCUGCAGCAGCAUCUCCAUAUGGCAGUCUGGAGCUAUGCCAGCCGCCGAGUGAAGCUUAUGGGCGCAAGGCCUUCGCCGCGCGCAGUGGAGGAACAAAGAGAGAGCCGUCUCCGCCGAAUUGGACCGAGGCUGCUGAAGAGGAGGAGAUGAAUCGCGUGGAUUCAUCCGUUUGCUCGUCCCCUCCGUUAUCCCCCCGGUAUGUCCCCGCGCGGAAUCCUAGCCGGUCGCACCCUGCAGUCCCGCCACUCGACUUGUACUGGCUGAAAGGAGACCGCACUCGUGGGCGAGGCCCGACAAAGCGUCGCAGUGCACGAGAGCUCUGUACAGCGACAGAGCGGGAAGUUCCGGCACUCCCGCGGAUUUCCACGGUAAGUGGCGUCCCGAGCGUUCAAGCGUCUGAUGAUCCCGAAGCAAUUAAGGCGGACAUCAUUGCCUCCCUUUUUGAGGAUUCGUCCGAGUUUGAAACCCUGCCGAAGCAGCAGACCGAAGAGUCGGUCUCUUCGACUUCCGACAGAGUGCCGCCCCGGGGACCCGGUGCCUCCGCUUCCUCACCCUCCCCUUCUUCACAGCUACGCCGUCCUGGACAGGCUCCUCGACCUCAGCACCUCCCCGACAUGAACGGGUCCGAAAUGUCCGCACAGACGGCAGCGCGCGGUCUUUCUCCUGCCCACGGUGUGGAGGCCCAAUCGAAGACCGAUGACUCCGGUAGGCCUCUCGAGGCGACGCCCCGAAAGGUGGAGCCAGCCAGCGGCUGUGUCUCCGCCCCCUCCGUCCGUCGUGCGCACCGCGCCAAGACAGCAUCUUCUGCCCAACACUCUGUUGAGUUUUUCCCGCGGCAGGCUGUCGCUGGCAGACACGAAGCGGACUCCACCCCCUUCCAUGUGAAGGCUUGGUUGCGAGCCCUCCGAGGCGCAACCGCGCCAAAAGCCGCAAGUCCAUUUUCAGACGGAGGGUGUGACCGGGACCCGGGUAUGUUGUCUUCCGCCCAAUCGCCAAAAAUUGCUUCGCGUCCGCCGUCGCGGCAUGCGCCGACGGACGUGCUGUUGCGAUCAUCCCGGAACCUGAGUGACGGCUUGAAAACUCACAAAGCAGCUACAGCACAAAAAAGCGACGAGGACCGAAAGACGCGGCAGUUGGCUGGGGAGGAGGAACAUGGAGGAGCCGCACGUCGCAUGGAAGAGACACGUGAACAAGGCAUGCACACUUUUGAGGUGCCCGGUGGUGCCGAGGGCCGAUUCCCCACUGGGAAUUGCACAGCUGAAGUCGCAGCGGGUUCCUCGCGUGGAGACGACCGGGUGGUUGGCUCCUCUAAGUCUGCUACCAAUAAGGAAGGAACACCCGUGAGAAGGGAGAUGCAAAUGCAACCGAAACAGGCAGAGCAUUUGGGAGGGGACGCGACACCUAAGGAAGUGUCUGAUGUCGAGCGAGGACGUGUACUCGGCGCCGCUGCAGCAGACCCUUUUCUGUCGAAGGCUUCUCACCGCACGGCCGAGGAAGCAAGCUCCGGUACUUGCGGCGACGUGCGGAGUGCCGAAGCUGCACAGACGGCGGGCGUGGCCCCGCGGGGCGAGACGCGAAGCCGGGUCGAAGUGAUACGCUCAAGCCCAACGGUCGAGCCUCCGCGGGUAACGCGGGAAAAACUGGGAGACGAGACGUAUGAUGACGAGGAGCAUUUAUUCGGCAAAGGAUCGCAGCCGGGAGUGUCAGCUCCAGGCCAGAAACGAGGACAUAGCGAUCGAGAUCGGAGCUGGGCCGUCCUGCAAGAGCCUGAGCUCGAGUCGUCACUGGGCAAGCAGAUUCAGGGGGAAAGGGUUUUUUCUGGCAUUUCGCGUCCACGAGAUGUGGUCAUCGAAUCGUCUCAAGAGGCACAGCCUGUCGGUACUUCUCAGACGCCAACGAGGACACCACGGCACGUCGGGGAACUGGAAGAGGUCCAGAAACCCGAAUCCAUUUCAGAACCUGAUCAGGGGGACAAAUGGUCCAUUGCUCCGAAGCAUCGAGAGCUAAAACCGUCAAGCCCGUGUGUGCAGGCCACGCGGGUGACGGCUCGAAUAGACUCUGGAGCACCACGUGGACAUCCGUGGGACCUUCCGAGCGACAAGGUGCAUCGGCAACCUGAUGCGCCAGGCGAGAGAAUGUCGUUUCCCAAGGCCAUGAACUCGGCAAAACUCAUGGGGGCCAGCAAACGGGCUAGAAUUCUGAGGAACCCUUCCGCCAUCGUUGGAGCUAUUCCAGCGGCUCGACUCGCUGACAAAGCAAGGAGGCAGGCCGUGGAAGGCGAUGAAAAGCCGGCAAUGAACUCAGCGGUUGCCACAACGGAGCAUGCAAAGAAAUCCAAGCUCGGUACCGAGUCGUCAACUCAGCCGUCGGCGCCUGUCAAACCAUCUUUUGGUGUGGCGGGAAAGAAGAAACCAGUUGAGCUCGUGCCGAUCGUGGGCGAGAGAGAAAGCAGCCUGGCUCUGCUGAAGGCAGGUGAAGGCGAUUUCGUUUCCGCCAUGUCUGCAAAGGGACGGCGCAGUUCAGCGUCGACUUUCGGCUUUGGUGGGAAUGCGCGGGAGCGUCUAGACGCUGGCCGGGGAGCGGCCAUCGAACGAGGAUUGGGAACCGUACCGGGACCGGGGCUUCUCGAGAGAGAAGCUCUUAUGUCUCGUGUGCCGCAUCAGGAAAGCGUGCAACGGAGGGGUGCGAAGGCUGCAUCUAAGCUUCUGCAUCCGAAUUCGCCGCUAGCCGCCUCGGGUUUCUCAAUUUCAAGCACAACGCAGCAGGCCACACAGGGCCCCGUUCCAACGAAAGGCAAAUGUCAGGCCCAGCGCGUCGCUGCUCAGAGCGCGGAUGCGGCGCAGGACGCCCGUGGGGCAUCUAGGUCGCCGCAGUUACUUCGCAUUUCAGCCGAAAGUGCCCACAGCCCCAAAGUGCAAGAUUUGGAUACCUGCGCGUUUGCAAAGGCGAAGGCGACAAGGCAGAACGCGAAUGCCCAGGUUUCUCCGGCGUCGGUUGUAGACAGACCGAGUUCCUUUGGUUGGUCACCUGUGCUGGCCGCUGCGUCGAAAUGGAGGGAUAAUCCUUGGGGCGCAUGCGGUACAGACAGCGACGCGCCUCUCUCGAGCUCGGCUGUGGCUGCAGCCAUUUUCGCCAAAGCCGGCGGCCGCUCGUCUUCGAAGCCAGCAUCGCAGAGUGAGGGCAGAGCAGGAGUCCAAGGACAAGUGGCAACGGAGAGAACGGUAGACGCGGCUCCGAACACAAGUGACGAAGCAGACGGGGCGCGUGAGAGGAGAGAGGAAGCGAAACGGAGACAGCAGGAGGCAGAGGCGAAGCGGAGAGCGGAGGAGGAUCGCAAACGGCGGGAAGAAGAGGCGGAGCGUGAGAGGAGAAAGGAAGAGAAACAGAGACAGCAGGAGGCAGAGGCGAGGCGGAGAGCGGAGGAGGAUCUCAAACGGCGGGAAGAAGAGGCGGAGCGUGAGAGGAGAGAGGAGGAGAAACGGAGACAGCAGGAGGCAGAGGCGAGGCGGAGAGCGGAGGAGGAUCUCAAACGGCGGGAAGAAGAGGCGGAGCGUGAGAGGAGAGAGGAAGAGAAACGGAGACAGCAGGAGGCAGAGGCGAAGCGGAGAGCGGAGGAGGAUCGCAAACGGCGGGAAGAAGAGGCGGAGCGUGAGAAGAGAGAGGAGGAGAAACGGAGACAGCAGGAGGCAGAGGCGAGGCGGAGAGCGGAGGAGGAUCGCAAACGGCGGGAAGAAGAGGCGGAGCGUGAGAAGAGAGAGGAAGAGAAACGGAGAAAGCAGGAGGCAGAGGCGAGGCGGAGAGCGGAGGAGGAUCGCAAACGGCGGGAAGAAGAGGCGGAGCGUGAGAGGAGAGAGGAGGAGAAACGGAGACAGCAGGAGGCAGAGGCGAGGCGGAGAGCGGAGGAGGAUCGCAAACGGCGGGAAGAAGAGGCGGAGCGUGAGAAGAGAGAGGAAGAGAAACGGAGAAAGCAGGAGGCAGAGGCGAGGCGGAGAGCGGAGGAGGAUCGCAAACGGCGGGAAGAAGAGGCGGAGCGUGAGAGGAGAGAGGAAGAGAAACGGAGACAGCAGGAGGCAGAGGCGAGGCGGAGAGCGGAGGAGGAUCUCAAACGGCGGGAAGAAGAGGCGGAGCGUGAGAGGAGAGAGGAGGAGAAACGGAGACAGCAGGAGGCAGAGGCGAAGCGGAGAGCGGAGGAGGAUCGCAAACGGCGGGAAGAAGAGGCGGAGCGUGAGAAGAGAGAGGAGGAGAAACGGAGACAGCAGGAGGCAGAGGCGAGGCGGAGAGCGGAGGAGGAUCGCAAACGGCGGGAAGAAGAGACGGAGCGUGAGAAGAGAGAGGAAGAGAAACGGAGACAGCAGGAGGCAGAGGCGAGGCGGAGAGCGGAGGAGGAUCGCAAACGGCGGGAAGAAGAGGCGGAGCGUGAGAGGAGAGAGGAGGAGAAACGGAGACAGCAGGAGGCAGAGGCGAGGCGGAGAGCGGAGGAGGAUCGCAAACGGCGGGAAGAAGAGGCGGAGCGUGAGAAGAGAGAGGAGGAGAAACGGAGACAGCAGGAGGCAGAGGCGAGGCGGAGAGCGGAGGAGGAUCGCAAACGGCGGGAAGAAGAGGCGGAGCGUGAGAAGAGAGAGGAAGAGAAACGGAGAAAGCAGGAGGCAGAGGCGAGGCGGAGAGCGGAGGAGGAUCGCAAACGGCGGGAAGAAGAGGCGGAGCGUGAGAGGAGAGAGGAAGAGAAACGGAGACAGCAGGAGGCAGAGGCGAGGCGGAGAGCGGAGGAGGAUCGCAAACGGCGGGAAGAAGAGGCGGAGCGUGAGAGGAGAGAGGAAGAGAAACGGAGACAGCAGGAGGCAGAGGCGAGGCGGAGAGCGGAGGAGGAUCGCAAACGGCGGGAAGAAGAGACGGAGCGUGAGAAGAGAGAGGAAGAGAAACGGAGAAAGCAGGAGGCAGAGGCGAGGCGGAGAGCGGAGGAGAAUCGCAGGAGAGAGGAGGGCGAACAGAAGCGUCACGGUCGACCAGCGAAGAAUCCGAUAUUCGCGCAGUCACUCGGGGCAACGAGACGAGAAGAAGGUAUCCGACAAAUGAAUGCAUAUGCGGUCCAUCUUGACGAGGAAGAAGUACGAGGGAUAGAUGGUACGAUCACAGCAGACCUGGCAAGAACGAAAGGAACUGCGCACAGUGCCAGGAAUGCGGGUGUGUGUGGGCCUUCUUCGGACCAAUCAGACUCAUGUCCAUCGCCUGGUUUUCUUUCCUCUUCUCUGUGCUCCCCUGCGGCCCUCACCAGCAAUAGCAGUCGAAGACUGGCAGGCAGUUCUGAUGAAGAAGAUCUUCUCUCCCAGAUUGUUUGCAGCAAAAAAGCGGAACUGGAGAUUGCUUCGCGUCUUCCUGUACUUGGCGAGACGGCAAAGGAAUUGCCUGCUCCCGCUCAAGCUGUAGCCAACUCGUCAUUAGAUGACGGCAACGUGGCCAUACCUGGGAACCAGCCCUCUUCCGUCGAAGGGAAGCGCCUGUACGAACGGCGUCAGGCUCUGAUAAGGAAACAUCGUGCAGAGAGAGACAAUACGGGGCCGUCGCCCAGAGACACCUUUGAGAUGCAAGAGCGCCAGCGUGCAGAAGUGCUUGUUCUGCCCCCCGCGCGGGAAGACUCGGACGUUGCCAUGCCGGCUGCUCGACAACUGUUUGCGGAGAGUUCCCAUGUAGUUGAGCGUCAUCUGUAUCCGGUUUUACCGGAAACAAAGAGAAUGCAGCGAAUGCGGCGCGUCCCUAUCUCGCACAACACCACAGUCCUCGGAGGUCGGGCCUCUGCGAAGGACAGAAAGUCUCAAGGCUUGGGUUUUUUUGGUUGGCUGCUGAGAGAACACAGCAGUACUGAGGGGUUCGAUUCAUAA